CUUAAGAACAAAUUUAAGUGUAAUCGUUUCAGCUAAAAUUAAGAAAUUUAGAUUUCUGCCAUAUAUGUAGAAAAGGUAGUUAAAAGACAGGAUUUUAAAAAAAUUAAAAAGUAAUGGCACGUGUGAAUACAAAAUCACAGCGAGAACUGUACGAGUUUGGACAUCGAUGUCAUUCCUGUAUUAACAGAUAUUGUUUAAAAUGUUUUAGAUUUGAGUGCACACUUUGUCGAAAGGAUUGCAAAUGCAAAACAACUGACUGUGAAUGCGAACGAUUUCCUAAAUUGAUUAACAAAAAGCUUAUUGACGCUAAAUAUUGGCUGAUCAGCCAACGAACACCACCGAGUUCGAUUGAUAUCUCGUUAAAGUAUAAUUUCUUCCUGCAUAAUGGGGAGGUUUGCUUGAGUUUGAUGAUUGUACAGCAUAAGGAUUUUGACAAAAAAGCUGUAGAUAACACGACUGGCAACUCAAAUGUACCUGAGAAUUACAUGGAACUUAAAGUAGAUAUAAAGGAAGGCACGCAUUUACGAAAAAAGUACGCCAGUAAGCAGACUGUUACAAUUAAUAUUCCGACCACAAAAUGCCAGAAGAUUUCGGUAUAUUGCGGAGAAACCUCAGAUAGACACAAACAAUGUCUCUAUGACCUCAAUCGACUUUUAGAGAAGAAAAACAUUUUUCUGGAAUUUACUUACAACCCAGAUGAAACGUUGGCUGAGAACGAAAAUCCGUUACUUGUGAUUUCUCUCAUACAUUCAAGAGCUGUAUCUGAUGUUAUGGGAACGCUUUCUAGAAUUGGAAAUCAAUAUUACAAAAGAGUUAUAGUGGUUCUAUUGCAUUUUAAAGAUUCAGACGAGAGAAGAUCCGCCCUUACUGUUAUUGAUGAAUUAAAAGUUUUUCAGGCUGUAGAUUACUUUCUAAAUCAAAAAGAGAGUUUAUGUGAAGUUGCAGAUUCUCUCACAUCAGCUAUUGAAAAAUUUGAUAUGCAAAGAGAUUAGAAGAGUUAACAUCAAAAUGUAAAAGUGAGACAAGAUUAAGUAAACGCUCUAUUACUUAUUUACCUGGGGCCCGUUUUCACUAACAUUUCGUAAGUUUUUCGUAAGUAUUGUUACCUUGAAACUUUCGUAUAUCAUAAGUGUGUUUCAUAAAACGUACGAACGUUUUUCUUAUUCUACGAUGAAAUAUCUCCUAACUCUUCAAUAGAGGUGUUAAAAAUUAUUCAAAAAGGAGGCAUUUCGGGAAUAUUUAUCCUCUCUCAGACAAUCAAAUAUGUGACCGCAAACCUUUCAAGAAAGCUAAAAUUAAAUUUUGUAUGGUCAUCUACGGACGCCCAGAUGUCUCUGAGCAAUUCGUGUUUUUAUAGGCAUACUGUACCAUCGGCCAUCCAUCACACAAAUUUCUUUCGAAUUUUAAUGUUUAAAUAAUGUAUAUAUAAAGAGUGUUAAGGAAAAGUAAUCGACAGUACCCCCUUUGACCAAUCAUAGCUAUUUUUUGUUGAAAAUAACUAGUGGAAUUAACUUGGUUUGAUAUGCUAUAUAUCUCAAGAGGUAAAAUGGGAAAAUCUUUGAUGUUUCCCGCAAGUAAAAAUGUGGAUCUGUUCACACUUUUAAGUGAAAUAUUUAACUAAUUCACGUCAUCCAUAAAUCUGCUUUUUAUUAUUUUACAGCAAAACAUGAAAAACCAGAAAAACAGAUGACACGAAAUGUUCAGCAGUACGCGUAAAGCACUACAUGCAAACAUAAAAUAUUUUUGUCAUAAUUGCAGUGUAACUAUUAAGCAUUCAUUGAUGUAUUGAUAUAUGAAUAUUUUCCACCACAUAUCAUUUUAUGUACAUUUAGUCUUCGUGCACUUUAAUGCGCCCCAAAAAUGUUCAGCAUCAUUUUAUUUCAAGGAAAAAAAACAGUAUUUAACUGGUAAAGGAUCUCGACAUUUUUAUAACAAAAUAUAAAAGCAGGUAGAUAUUUUUGUUCUGUCUGCAUUAACUUGAUAUCAAACUAAUAGACCUGAGUUUCAACAGUUAUUGUGUCACUGAUAAAAUUCCAAAUAAUCUACAUUUAGCAUCAAACCUCGUGAAGUUUAGUUAGCAAACGCUUGAUUUUUGAUUUAUAUUAAAUAUUUUUGAUAAAGGUCAAUCACGACUUAGUGGUGGAUGGAUUUGGUACACGUAUUUGUUUUAAAGAAGAAUAUGGUAAUAAGCUGAAAGAAUGACUUUUGUAUUCGUAAUUGUUUUCUUUACUAAAUCUCAUUUCGAAUGAGUCUGUGACACCACACUUAUAGAGCCGCUUUCAUCGUCAAACUGUCUGAGCAGUCAUGUCUGUAUAUACAAUUUUCGCUUUCCUUUUCUUGCAUUAUUCAUGUCAGUCUUAUUGACUUAAAUUUCAGUUAGCAUAACUUAAGCGUAAUUUUACGUGAAACUUACAAAAAGAGUACGUAUUGAUUUUUCAGAUAUACGUCUUUACGUAAAAUUUGGACGUAACUUCACACUUAUGCAAAGCUUAAGAAUAAGUAUGUUAGUAAAACGGGCCCCUGGUGUUACAUUUAUUGUUGAAGAAUAUAAAUGUAUUAUGAUUUAGUAAAUGGUGCAAUGACAAAUGUUAAUCUAAGAUGAUUCUAUUACUUUCCAUUAAUGGUAAACAGAUUUUAUGCAUUGGUUUAAACAUAUUUAUUCCCAAAGUAUAUAUAGUGUACAUACAAAUAAAUAACAAACACAAUAUUUUUACACAAUGGAAAAGGACGAGAAUGAAAGACAAGUCUUAUAGAAUUCUUCUCCUUAAAUUUGACUUUAAUUUGAUUUUAUGCUUUGUAUAUAUUAUAACCAGAAUUAAUAUUUCACCUUAAUAAUUGUAAUUAAAAAUAAAUAAUAUAUAUAUA